AAAGGUACUUGCAUGUGGAACCAGAAUUGAAAUACUUAAGAAAACUACUCCUUAACUAUCCAUUUCUAAUUUUAAAUGGUUUUCUCCAUUCUCUAUCAAAAAAUAAAAAUACAUACUUGUUACCUUGAUAACUAGAUCAGUAUUUUUUUUAUGGCAAGUUCGUCUUCAAAAUCCAAUACUAGUAGUUAUAAAUGGUCAUAUGAUGUCUUUGUGAGCUUUGGAUCAGAAGACCAUAUCAUUAAAAGCUUUGUGGAUUUUCUGUUUGCCGAUUUUAAACGCAAAGGCAUCCGUGCGUUUAGAGAAGACGAGCAUGUGCAAAGAGGAGAAGAAAGAUCAAAACAAGUCUAUCGAGCCAUUGAAGAGUCACGGUUUCUGGUACUUGUCUUCUCUGCCAGCUUCACUUCCUCACCGUCCUGUUUGCAAGAGCUUGUAAAAAUCCUCAAGUGCAAGGAGGAGAAUCAUGACAAAUAUCAAAUCCGCACAAUCUUUCACAAUGUUAACCCAGAAACGCUUCUUAAGCAAACAGAAAGCCAUGUUGAAACCUUUAGUCAAUAUGAUCAAUUUUUAGAGUCAACAGAUGAGGUGCCCCAUUGGAGGGAAGCUUUGACCAAGGCUGCAAACUUACCGGGAUGGGAUCUUGACGAAAUGGCCAACGGAUAUGAGUCUAAGUUUAUUGAUAUGAUCUCAAAACAAAUCUUCAACGAGUUAAAUGAUGGACCCUUACAUAUUAGCGAAAAGCUAGUUGGAGUACAUUCGCGCGCAGAGCAAUUGGACUUGCUGAGCUUUGUUGGGCUGAGUGAUCAGGUUCACAUGAUCGGGAUAUGUGGUGUGGCAGGUAUCGGGAAGACUGCAAUUUCAAAAGCUAUUUACAACCGACUGUAUUCCCACUUUGAAGUUUGCAUCUUUUGCGAAGACGUGAAAGAGUUUGUAGAAAAAUAUGGGAUGGUUCAGCUUCAAAUGCAAGUUAUUGAAGACGUCACAAAAACGGAGAGUAAAAUAAGGACGGUUGGUGAAGGUAGUAGUGUGAUGAAAAGAAUCAUGGCAACAAAACGGGUCUUGCUAGUUCUAGAUGACGUCGAUGAAAUGGAACACUUAGAAGCUCUAGCCGGGUCGCCUUGUUGGUUUGGACAGGGGAGUUUGGUUGUAAUAACUGGAAAAGAUAGACAAUUACUAAUUGCACAUGGAGUGGAAAGAGUGUAUGAUGUUGAAGUUUUACAUGAUGAUGUAGCUAUGGAAGUCUUUAGUCUCUAUGCCUUUAACCAAACGGAACCAAAAGAUGAAUUUAAACCGAUUUCUGAAGAAAUGGUUCCGUAUAUGAAGGGUCACCCGUUAGCACUUAAGGUUUUGGGUUGCUUUCUUUUUGGCAAGGGUUUAUGUGAAUGGGAAAGUGAAUUCAGCAGACUUCAAAGGUAUCCUAAUGAUGACAUUCAAGAGCUUAUUUCACGUUUUUCGUUAAAUAAGAAACGAAAGCCUGCAGAGUAAGUUGCGGGCAAUACAUUUAGCUCGAUAGCUUCAAGUUUGUAGCAAAUCAUAUAUAGUUAAGGAGGUGCCUUACGCAUGUGUUCGUCCCUCUCUCAAGGACGAGUCCAACACCAUCGUCCCUGGCUCGUCCCUCUCUCAUUCGUCCCCCCACGCACGAAUCGUUUGAGGCAUUUUUUUUUAAAAAAAAUUCCAAUGGCUAGUUUGUGGUUUACACUUUUGGUCCCUUGAAGGUUUAAAUUCAAAAAACAUGUUUAAUCUUUUA